GUAAGGCGACGUGCUUGUUCACGGCUUCCUCUUUUCCAAGCCCAAGUUGCAGUUACCCAGUCUAAUCAUGAAUCUCAAGUGCAAAUGCCCCCCAGCAGAGAAAUUGUGAUCAGUUGACAGCAUUAUCUACUCAUUCAGCUUUCCUUUCCAUGCCCUCCUAACUCAUCCCUAGCAUUUUUUCAAUCAGUUUCAUGCAUUCUCCCUCAAAGUAUCGAGGUCAUGAUUUAGAUGUUGGGAUCCUCCUAGCAAAGCGCUCUCACAGUAAAACCAUCCUAUGUUUGGUUAUGUAUCCGUCUCUACUUUAAAUGUGAGGAUAAAGCUAAAAUACAAAGUGAAAUGGUUGCUAGUCUGCAAUCUAGGCGCAAGGCUCUCGAGUCCAAAAUUCGCGAAAAGAACGAUGAGCUCAAAAAUUUGUGCAUUCAAGAGGCAGAACUCACUGGUGUCCUUCCUCCUGAAAUACCUCUGGAGCCAGGUGAAAGUCCACCCGCAUUUCGGAGGCGUAUGGGGACAGCCUUUGUCAUCCCUGAAAAUCUGAUCAACAAAUUAAAAUCCAAAGAGGAAGAGUCGUUAGCCAACUUAGAGCUAGAGUGUAAAAUUCAAACUAGCAUCGCUGAAGCAGCAUUGGGCCUAGCAAAUGAUGGGAGUGUGAGCAAGUCUGUGAGACGGAAACACAGACUCAUGUAUCAGCAAAGUCAAAGACAUUUGCAUGAAUUGGAAGCAAGAUUAAAUGCUCUUCGUCAAAAUAGUAGGAGUCAUCCAAAGCAAAGGAAAAAACCAAGACCGCCAUUAGAAUCUGAAAAUGAUUGUGUUGAUGGCAAUGUCGGACCAAAUAUUUCAGACAAAAAUGACAUUAAGAAUCAACCGUACCAUCCUGCUCUGAGUUAUACUGUCUCUGACAAAGGUCCUAUCAGGCACUCGUUUCCUGUGAACAAUUUUAACAGAAUUUCAGACCCACCUCCAACCCAUAGGCAUUUGGAUUAUAAUUAUUCAUGUACACCAUCAUUACAGCAGCACUACACCAAUGACUCUCGUGAGAAACACAUGAAGAGUAGUGUCGGAGGACAUGUCAGUAGGGAUCAAGGAGGAUGGACAGGUGACACAGUAAACAACAUUAACAAUUAUUUAAGAAUGCGGCAAAAUAUUUCUAACAUCAAUGAGAUGGACCGAGGAUAUCAGUUCAGAGACAGAUUUGGGAGUCUAGAUAGGAGACGUACCAGUGGAGGAGGCUAUCAACAUGGUGACAACAACGAAAACUUUGAACACAGCCACUACAGUCAAUCAAAUCAUGUCAUCAACACUUUGGGUCCUUCAAGUCAGCCGUAUCAACCAAAUCCGCCUCAACUAAACUCUGUUCUUUUGCCAAACCAGACAUACCCUGAAAAUAGUUUGAUGCGAACCCAAUCUCUGGGUAGUGUAGAAUUGACUAAGUGUGAUCCUGACACUCGAUCUCUCAAAUCAAAUUCGCAUCACUCCUCACAUGCUUUUGAAUCUCUUAAACCUGAUACUAGUAGUCGAAACUCGAGGUUAUACUUUGAUAACCGCAACUAUUUAGAAGCGAAUAAGUACCAAAGUGAUACUACCUCUUUAUCUUUGAAAUUAGAACCUAAUGAAUUGUACAACAUAGGCCACAGCAAAGUGUUUCUCGAGCCGGAGUUUGCAAAGACUGCAAGUUCCCAUGAGAAUUUAAAGUUGGAACACAACUCAUAUCCUGCAAGGGGACACCAUCAUGGUCACGGUCAUCAUAAUGAGCAUGGAAAGUAUGAUCUCAGAACAGUUGUUGAAGGAACAGCACUUAAUUCUUACUCACAGUCCCAUCAUGAUCUUCACUUUGACAUUCAUUCUCUUUCAUUAGACCCAAAGGAGUCCAAGAAAUUUGAAUCGAUGAAACCUGAGUUGCCAGCUCCACAUCACGAACCCACGAAUCAUCGGACAGAUUUACGACCAUACCCGCCGCGCUUUCCAGAGCCGCCGAGACCGGCUAAAUAUUCCUCAAAACCAGAGCUGCGCCCCUCUCAGUAUCGAGAUCGUGAAGAGCGGCUGACCACGGAGGUUGUUCAAGCAAUGUGUGCCGACUCAUAUCAUCAUGAAACUGUUGUCCCUGUUGAAACUGUCACUGAGUCAAAUCCGACUAAAUAUGAUGCCGAACCUACUGAAUUUCCAGAAGUGGCAGUUCGCAAAAUUCGAGAUAAAGAGUGGUACGAAACAUCACUUGAUUCUAGGCAAGCUCCCGAGACGUCUCAAACUCCACCUCUGCCUCCUCAGUUCUCCUCACCACCGCCACCUCCUUUGCCUCCUCCUCCUCCUCGCUCGGUGACUCCGAAUCUGAGUCAUAACCACCCUGUAACCACUAAUGCUACACAGCAAGCAUCUUCACAACCUGUAGACUUUGACACGGUUGUUCCGUUUGAAUCACCUAAAAAUCACACUGUUGUCCAAGCUGGAAAGUGGCAGCCGUACAGGGAAGUAACGAAACCUUUCGAAAUGGCUGACUUCUACAAGUACAGUACAAAAUUCCGUAACAAAAGUGCCAUACCAAAUUCCACGACUCCAGGAACAGAGCCAGCGCAGACUCAGAGCCAUUCAAGCAGCUCGCAACUUAGCCCUCAGCAUAAAGGAGUGUAUAAGCCCUUGAAAUCCAUGACAUGCCAGCUGUUGAUAAACAACUCACCCAGGGGAAGCGACUUAAAGUUGGCUUCGGAUGGAGACUCACCAGCAGCGCUCUCUAAUUCCAGCCAAAUCCAGUCUCCUCCAUCCCUGGCAAACGCAUUUUCAACAGAAAUGCUUGCCUGGUACCAAGACCAAAGCAGUGCGCCUCAAACUCGUUCAGCAACUCUUGUAUAAUUCUUUAUAUGAUUUUUUAUUUUAUAUUCACUAUUUUUCUAAAAUGGACAAAUAAUCAUGUUCAACUCUUGUUUUUGUAUUUUUGUACAAAUUCUAUUUCACGGACUCAAAUGAUGCCACCGUACUGUUCUGUAAGUUACUCCUUUGUUCGCAGAUGGGGCAAUCUUAAUUUAAGAAUUUGACAGAAGACUGAUGGUAAAUGUGCUAUCUGAUGUCAUAAUUUGAAGUGUAAAGUCAGUAUAUAUGUCUGUGUAAUAUUGUUUAACUUUAUUGACAGCAGAAAAAAAAAAGUCAGUAAAAAAAAAAUUGAGGAAGUUCGAAGUUUUGCCAAAAAAAGAAAGAAAGAAAAAAGAAGGGAAGUACAACAAAACCAUAGAUUAGAAAAACUGGCAUGUACCAUCAGAAGUUUUGGGUUUCUGCCCCCUCAGGGUGCCUUUAAUGAGAGGGCGCCUCAUUAUGUUUCUCAUACACUUUCAGUGUUCUCCUCUGACAGCCUUGACCCUGCCUCAAUUACUUCAAAUUUCCAAUUUAAUACCUCGCAUUUAUAGGUUGAAAGCAAAGAAAGAAGAAGCAGCCUCUUGUUGUGAAAAGUUUAAUAUGUUUUGCCUGUGCAAAAAUGUGCCUUUUUUUCUCGAUUCAGUUGAAAGUUGUUAAACAUUAAGGUUAUAUUGUUCUCACUUGUAUUACAUGGAGGGUAAAAGUGCCUCAACAAAUGCAAUUUUUGCUAUGAUGAAACUAUUUAUUGAAUUUUGUUAAGUCUACUCAAAUUUUAAGUCUUUUAGUCUUUACAUAUGAUAAAUCAACUUUAUAUUCAGAGUAUUUAAGUUUGUUUGAACAGUCUAAGAUGACUUGUAUUAGCGCAAAGAAACAAUAUGGAUUUAAAAACGAAUUAGCUUUAAUUGAUUAACGGACUUUUUUUUGCAGCAUUUGUAAUUUAUUUUGCAAUACAAAACCGAGUAACGACUGCAAAAAAUGUACAAACAACCCAUGAUAUCUUUCUUGUGUUUAAGUCAUAGCAAAGGAAGUAAAGGAUUGUGUAUUUCAUCCAAUUGUCAGAUGCCUCUUUAAAGUGUUGACAUUUUAAAUAUAUUUAGAGGUAUAAUGCCUUUUAAGAAUUUUUUAGCAUGUUCUUCAAGAGCUGCUAAUUUGUGAGGAUGUGUUUCUUCAGGCCACUCCUAUGGUUUUUUCCCUCUUUUUUCCGCAUAUUACGACUCGGUCUGAGACAUGCUUGAAAUGGUCUUCCAGAAAGGACUGGAAUUGAGCCUUGUUUCUUUUAGACGUUUGCUUUGUGCUUGCUGUGAUGCAGUCGUAUUGAAUUUCAAUAGUUGUACGCAAUCCCUUUAAAUGAGAGAAAGGAUUGCUGACGUGCAGAAUAAAUGCAAUGCAAAAGUUGAACUUUUUUUGAUUUUUGCAUCUAGCUGCAAGAUUCUGCUUUGCAUAAAAAACCAGGUAUUAAAUUAAUUGAAAACCAGAUUUUAAAGACUGUUCCUUGUAGCCUUUAAGAAAUUGUGAGAAUCUAUUAAAUUUUCUACUGCUAAAACUAAGGAAUACAAAGUCAUAAUAAGUCACAUGAGACGUUGUCAAAAUUUUUGCAAAUCUUAAAUUUUCUACCAAGUGAAUUACAUUUUGCAAUAAAGAACCACUAUCUCUGUUUCUUCCAUAAAAGCACUUUUCUGCAUAGAAAAACCAAUGGCACAUAUGUCUUUUCUAAAUUAUGAGCCAGAAAUAUUGGUUCCUUAUUGCGAAAUGUGGUCCAAGUGUUGUUGCGAUCUCUCUUACACAAUUUCUCACAGCUUUUUCCUUCCAUUUUCAACUCUUAAUUCAAAUUUUCUUGCCCGAUUUGGACGUCUCAUGUAGUUUAAAUCCUUCUCUUACUCAAAUCUUCAAUUGUACAUAUCAGUUUUUGUUUGAAAAAAUUUAAAUAUUUAAUGCACCUUAUUUUUUACUUUGUGCUGUUUUCAAGCUUGGAGCUUUGUUAACCUUUUGUAAAUCUAGUUUUUUUUGUAAAUUAUUUUCAUUUUUUAAUUUUUUAUCUUUAUUUUUUUUUGUUUGAAAUUUUUAAGUACAAAGUAAAAACUUUUGUUGCACCUGUAAAGUUCGAAUGUUCAGGCGUCCAGAUUUUCUUUAUUGAAAAGUUACUUUCUUAAUAUACCCCGUGAUGAUCAUAGAUUGAAUCAUUCCUGUUUUAUUUAUUUUUUUCUAAUUUCAAUGCCUAAAGAUAUUUUUUUGUAGUAUAUACUCCUCCAGUUUCUUUAAGACAAAAGAAAUUAAAAGUGUAAACGUGUUUUAAGAUAUUGUUUCUAAUUUAAUAAAGUUUGCUGUUCAGAAGA